AUGAGGCGAUUUAAGUACUACCUGGUUUGGGGGAGGGGGGGGGGGGGGGUGGGGGGGGGGGGGGGGGGUGAGGGUGGUGGGGGGGGGGAGGAGGGGGGGGGGGGGGAGUGGCGUGGGGGGUGCGGCGGAGGGGGGCGGGGGGGGGGGGGGUGGUGCGGGGGCGGGGGUGGGUGGGGGGGAGGGGGGGGGGGGGGUGGGGGGGGGGGUGGGGGGGGGGGGGGAGGGGGGGUGGGAGGGGGGGGGGGUGGGGGGGGUGGGGGUGGAGGGGGGGGGGGGGGGGGGGGGGGGGGGGGGGGGGGAGAGGGGAGGGUGUCUGGGACCUAG